AUGGACGGCCACAUCGGGCCGGCGGUGACUGAGGGAAGGGGGUUCUUCCUCGGAGGUGGAUUUUCAGCGGGGGGCGCAGGAACUUCCGACUGUGACGAGCUGGAGAUGCCGACAAAAUCUCCCGUCGAUGGGAGUCUUUCCCUUGCCCGGUCCAGCGGAUCCGGUGGGUCCGGCGGUACCGGCGGGUGCAGAGGCGACGGACCAGUCAACCACCGUCGGUUAGCCGGAAGGCUCACGAGAACACACAUCAAUGCUUUGCGAGCCAUGGAAGACAAGAGAGAGGUUGGAGAAGAAACUCACCGGAAAACAGGACUCCGGCGGAGGUGCGACGACAACUCUUUGGAGACGAGAGAACUGGCGCUGCUUCAGGGAGGAGAGGAGGACUUGACCGACGAGGCUUCAACGGCAGUCAUGGCAUCUCGACGGCUGCGGGUCCUCGGGUCUCGGGUCUGA